AUGUUGGUUCUUUCAUCGAUCGUUGGAUUAGAGGCGCUAUUUCCCAUCACAGUUGGUGGUUACGAUGGCAACGAGUUUCUCUCCAGUGUGGAGGUCUAUGACCCCUCCCGCGACACGUGGACAAGAACUACUGUGAUGCCCUGUGGCAAGUCGGGUCACGCGGUGGUCACGAGUAGAGAGCCAGUGGCAGCCAUCGCUGCCUCCGCCACCACCUCCACCUCCCCCUCUGUUCGUCCCUUUGUACAGUCUCCUCCUCCCUCUCCCUCCCUCGCCUUCUCUGCACCGAACGAAUACAUGUGA